AUUCUAGAUCCUUCCCCAAGCGCCAACGCCGCUCCCUCGCCGCGCCGCACGCCCAGCCCCUUUCCCUUUCAGAACCUUCCAUCGCCUUCCAGACUUCACCUUACCUCGCCGGCAUAUAUAGCCAGCCCUCUCGCCUCCUCACUCCCCGCACCAAGAAGCACACGAACACCAGCAAUCCACAGAUCAACCAAACCAAACAACAAAAUCGAUCGAAGAGAGGCCAAGAUCCGCGGCGGCGAGAUGGACGCGAGGAUGUUCGGGCUGGAGACACCCCUGAUGGCGGCGCUGCAGCACCUUCUUGACGUCCCGGACGGCGAGGCCGGCGACAAGGCGAGCGCGGCGGGGAGCGGCCCCACGCGCACCUACGUCCGCGACGCGCGCGCCAUGGCGGCGACCCCCGCCGACGUCAAGGAGCUCCCGGGGGCCUACUCGUUCGUGGUGGACAUGCCGGGGCUGGGCACCGGCGACAUCAAGGUGCAGGUGGAGGACGAGCGGGUGCUGGUGAUCAGCGGCGAGCGGCGCCGGGAGGAGCGCGAGGAAGCCAAGUACCUGCGCAUGGAGCGCCGGAUGGGCAAGUUCAUGCGCAAGUUCGUGCUGCCGGACAACGCCGACAUGGACAAGAUCUCUGCCAUGUGCAAGGAUGGCGUCCUCACGGUGACCGUGGAGAAGCUGCCGCCGCCGAAGCCCAAGAAGCCCAAGACCAUUGAGGUCAAGGUCGCCUCUGAGGAUCAUGAGGUCAAGGUCGCCUCUGAGGAUCAUGCAGUUGUGGCGAGUGCUGAGGUCAAGUCAGAGCAGUGCCAGUGAGUUGUGGCGAGUGCUGAGGAGAAGCAUGCAGUUGUGCUUGUUUCCUUAUGUCCCUCUGUGUGUCAGUGUGUGUGUCUACCGCCUACAUAUCACCUAUCAGUUGUGCUUUGUUUGAUGCAUGCUGGGUUUGAAACUUGUAUUGCAAAAGAGAAUGCAUGAUGCUUUCUGAAUAAACUAGAAAUGGUCGCGGCGACGUCGCCGCGUGUGGCCGGUGGCAGUGGACGAGCCGGUGUAGUA